AUGUCCGUAUCUCGAUGCGUGGCCCCUGACCGCCUGCCCUCCCUCGGCCGCAGCGCUGCUUGGCAGAGCGGCAAGAGCAGCGAGGGCUGUGGGGAGCUCCGGGUUUAUUCUCGCCUAACUCCUGUCAAUUCUUACUGCUCUCAGGUGUUCAAACGCUUCGUCGAGAUUGGCAGAGUUGCCUUCAUUUCCUUUGGGCCGCAUGCUGGCAAGCUGGUGGCCAUUGUGGAUGUUAUUGACCAAAACAGGGCACUAGUUGAUGGCCCCUGCAGUGGUGUCAGAAGGCAGGCUAUGCCCUUCAAGUGCAUGCAGCUGACUGACUUUGUUCUCAAGUUCCCACACAGUGCUCGUCAGAAGUGUGUGCGACUUGCCUGGGAGAAGGAAAAUAUAAAUGAAAAAUGGGCAGCGACAAGAUGGGCAAAGAAGAUUGAAGCCCGAGAAAAGAAAGCCAAAAUGACUGACUUUGAUCGCUACAAGGUUAUGAAAGCAAAGAAAAUGAGAAACAGGAUCAUCAAGCAUGAAAUGAAGAAGCUCCAGAAGAUGUCUUCUAAAAAAGGCAAGAAGCCAGAGAAGCCAGAGAAGUCAGAGAAGCCAGAGAAGUCGGAGAAAGCGCCGAAGUCAGAGAAGGUGCAGAAGGCACCGAAGGCGCAGAAAUAAAAUGAACUUCUCGUUACGUAUGACUUUGUGUCCUUGUCCUGAUUCUUUAAAAUUAACAAAUGGUUAAACAUCUGAUUUAAAUUGUAAUCAUAAGUUCAUUUUUGCUUGUGA